AUGAGGAACUCGCAGGCAAUUUUCUUGGCUGUUUUCCUCUUCUUCAUUGGAUUUGAUAAUCAACUCUCUGUGGUUGUGGUUGAAGCCAACUUUUGGGAUACCACGUAUUUCAACUGGGGAGCUCAUCACUCCUCUGUGUACAACAACGGCGACGAUAAACUGCAGGUAAUUAACAUGUACCUUACUAAUGUGUAUUUGUGCUGCUUUGCAGGAUCAGGAAUUGAAAGCAAGAAACAGUUCCUUUUUGGCAGCAUUGAAAUGCAAAUCAAAUUAGUACCCGGAAAUUCCGCAGGAACAGUCACUGCCUACUACCUUUCUUCGAAGGGUGAUAAGCACGAUGAAAUAGAUUUCGAGUUCUUGGGUAAUGUAUCUGGAAAACCUUAUAUCAUCCAUACAAAUGUUUUUGCUCAAGGAGUUGGAAACAAAGAACAACAAUUCUACCCUUGGUUUGAUCCUACCACAGGGUUCCACAAUUACACCGUUCACUGGAACCCAAGCCAAAUUGUGUGGUUUGUUGAUGGAAUUCCAAUCCGUGCAUUCCGUAACUACGAAUACUUGGGAAUCAAAUAUCCAAACAGGCAGGGUAUGAAGGCUUACAGCAGUUUAUGGAAUGCUGAUAACUGGGCAACCAGAGGUGGGCUUGAUAAAAUAGACUGGAAUAAAUCACCCUUCUCAGCUAAAUUGCGGAAGUUCACGCCAAGAGCUUGCACUUGGUUUGGACAAGGCAGUAUCGGUUACUGUUCCUCGAAGGCUAACUGGUACAUUUCUUUUGCAUAUAGCAACUUGAAUUAUGCUCAGAAAGGUCAAAUGAAAUGGGUUAGAGACAAGUAUAUGAUCUAUGACUACUGCAAGGAUACUAAAAGGUUCAACUGGAACAUGCCUCGCGAGUGUUCCUUACAACAGUUUUAA